AUGAGGAAAUUUUUGGUUGCUAGAGAAAAUAUUGAGAAUGUGAAUGUUGUGCAAUCGGAAGUCGAAUUAGAACCACCAUCUAAUGUGGUUAAUGAGUUUAAUCCAAAUGAGAUUGUGCGAGAUCCAGCUCAUAAGAAACAAAUUAAUGAGUAUGCUCCGGAUAUUCAAGACCAAGUGAGGAGGGCAUAUAUAUUGAAGGGUCCAAUGCAACCAGAUUUGCCAAGCUUUCCUCGUACUACAUUUGGGAGUGUUAAAAGAUCAUUUAGUAAAUCAUGGUAUAAGAAUUAUACAUGGUUAGAAUACAGUGAGAUAAAGGAUGCAGCUUAUUGUUUUUAUUGUUUUCUCUUUAAGAAACCCGGGAGGGCCGAGCACUUUGGUUUUGAAGUCUUCACUAAAAGUGGAUAUAGAGAUUGGAAGCAUGCAUCUCAAGGCUUGAAAGGUCACGUUGGUAGUCAUAAUAGUUUGCAUAACUCAUGUGUCAAGCACUAUGAUGAUUAUAAUAAUCAAAGACAAAGUGUGACAAGUAAGUUUGCUAAAGCAACCAAGGAAUCAGAAGAAUUAUAUAAGAUUCAUUUGACUUGUUCUUUAGAUUGUUCAAGAUAUCUCAUAGCACAAGGCAUGGCUUUUCGUGGCCAUGAUGAAUCCUCUACUUCUCUAAAUAAGGGUAAUUUUAGAGAGAUGGUAGAUUGGGUAAAAUCUCAAAAUGAAUAA